GAGAGGGGGUGGUUGCGGCCUCUCCUGCUGUUUCUUGGGAGUGAAGCUCUUCCCUCUCCGGGUGGCUGGGUUGCUGUUGGUGCCCAGGAAGCCCCAUGGGAGGGCAGAGCCAGGGCCUGGCAGGGGGCCUCAGCCUCUCAGGGUAGAUGUCACUAAAGUGUCUGAGACAGGCAGGGAAACCAGGCAGGAGAAUGUGCACCCACAGCCUGGGUUACACGGCUGCAGCUCCCUGCUCUGAGGCCACCUCAUGUGUACCAAGGAGACCUUUUUGAAAAAUAAAGUGCAGACCAGGUGUGAUGGCUAAUGCCUGUAAUCCCAGAGCUUUGGGAGGCCGAGGCGGGAGGAUUGCUUGAGCCCAGGAAUUCCAGACCAGCCUGGGACACAUAGAGACCCCUGUCUCCACAAAAAAUAAAGUACUGAGCAUUUGUAUUUUACAUUAUGAAAGUAGCAUCAUAGAUCACAACAAUUUUAAAAGCAGAAAGAAGGAAGCGGCCGGGUGCGGUGGCCCAUGCUUGUAAUCACAGCACUUUGGGAGGCCGAGGCCAGCGGAUCACUUGAGGCCAGGAGUUCGAAAACAGCCUGGCUGACAUGGUGAAACCUUGUCUCUACUAAAAAUACAAAAAAAUUAGCCAGGUCUGGUGAGCAUACAUAUGCCUGUAAUCCCAGCUGUGUGGGAGGCUGAGGCAAGAGAAUCCCUUGAAUCCCGGAGGUGGAGGUUGCAGCGGAUCACUUGAGGCCAGGAGUUCGAAAACAGCCUGGCCAACAUGGCGAAACCUUGUCUCUACUAAAAAUGCAAAAAAAUUAGCCAGGUCUGGUGAGCAUACAUACGCCUGUAAUCCCAGCUGUGUGGGAGGCUGAGGCACCAGAAACCCUUGAACCCUGGAAGUGGAGGUUGCAGUGAGCCGAAAUUGCACUACUGCACUCCAGCCUGGGUGACACAGAGGCUCUUGUCUCCACCAAAAGAAAAAAAAAAAAAAAAAAAGGAAGAAAAUCACUUUUAGUUUUAUCAUCCAAAGAUGACACCCUUCAAUAUUUUGAAUAAUUCCACCCUGUCAUUUUCUAGCUAUGGGGCUGUUAUCUGACUGGUGGUAGCAUUUUAUUCCCUGUCACUGUUGUUGGGGUUGUGAUAGAUAUUUCCCUCAUGCUAUUAUAAAUGUUGUAAACCCACCCCUAAUAACUGCAUCUUAUUUCGUGCAGGGGCUACCCCAUAACUUACUGACCUUUUCUGUUUUGUCAUGAAGUGGGUUGGCCAGGAGCUGUACCCAGGCAGAGGACAUGAAGAAAUUGCCCUGUGACAGGAGCCGGGGAAACUACAGGGGAGGGCUGGAGGCUGGGGUGCUGGUUUUGCUGGCUCAGCCUGGUUCCCAGAAUGCAAAGCCCAUUUUUAUUUUUUUUGCAACCUCCACCUGCUGGGUUCAAGCCAUUCUCCUGCCUCAGCCUCCCAUGUAGCUGGAACUACAGGUGCACGCCCCUAUGCCCGGCUAAUUUUUGUUAUUUUUUUUGUUGUUGUUAGUAAAGAUGGGGUUUCACUAAACCUGUUGGCCAGGCUGGUCUCCAACUCCUGACCUCAGGUAAUCCGCCGGCCUCAGCCUCCCAAAGUGCCGGGAUUACAGGCGUGAGCCACCGCGCCCGGCUGCAAAGCCCAUUUUUCUAUAGGUAACCUGUGCUGCGCCGGGUUUCACUGGUUUUCACCCAGCGAGAGAGGAGGCAGCGAAGUCGCGGGCCCAGCGUAGCGCGCGCCUCCGAAGGGCUUGGUGCGGGCGCGGGCGCGCGGCACCACCGUUCCCAUCCAGGCUUGCAGGCGGCCACCGGCGGGCCAGGCUUCGAGAUGGCCUCCCCGCCGCGGUGCUCCCCGACAGCCCAGGACAUGGAAUGCAAGUUGCCGCCACCCUCGGCCCCCGCCAGCGAGUGUCGUCCCGGCAGGCUGUCCUGGGGGACCCUGGCGAGGGCCUUAGGCCGCUUCAAGCUGACGAUCCCGCGCACGCACCUGCUGGCCACCGUCGACCCCCUGGCCUUGGACAGGGAACCACCGCCGCAGCUGUUGCUUGAGAAGCACCAGGUGCCGGAGAAAUUGAUCUGGGGCGACCAGGAGCCUCUCUCCAAGAUCCCAUUUAAAAUUCUGAGUGGGCACAAGCACGCUGUGAGCACCUGCCACUUCUGUGUGGAUGACACAAAGCUCCUCAGUGGCUCCUAUGACUGCACCGUGAAGCUGUGGGAUCCGGUGGAUGGUUCUGUGGUUCGCGAUUUUGAGCACAGGCCCAAAGCUCCUGUUGUAGAGUGCAGCAUCACGGCCGACAGCAGCAGAGUCAUUGCCGCAUCCUAUGAUAAGACAGUGAGGGCCUGGGACGUGGAGACAGGCAAGCUGCUGUGGAAGGUCAGGUAUGAUACCUUCAUCGUCUCCUGUAAGUUUUCUCCUGAUGGUAAAUACGUGGUCUCAGGCUUCGACGUGGAUCAUGGAAUCUGCAUAAUGGACGCUGAGAACAUCACCACCGUUUCCAUCAUCAAAGAUCAUCACACAAGGUCCAUCACGUCAUGCUGCUUUGACCCCGACAGCCAGAGGGUGGCUUCUGUCUCAUUGGACAGGUGCAUCAAGAUCUGGGAUGUUACAUCCCAGGCCACGCUGCUCACCAUCACUAAGGCACAUUCCAAUGCAAUCUCAAACUGCUGUUUUACCUUCAGUGGCCAUUUCCUGUGUACAAGCUCCUGGGAUAAAAACUUAAAAAUAUGGAACGUCCACACAGGGGAGUUUCGAAACCGUGGAGCCUGUGUGACUCUGAUGCAGGGCCACGAAGGUUCUGUCAGUUCCUGUCACUUUGCCAGAGACAGCUCUUUUCUCAUUUCUGGAGGGUUUGAUAGGACUGUGGCUAUUUGGGAUGUAGCAGAAGGCUACCGGAAGCUCUCUUUGAAGGGCCAUAAUGACUGGGUGAUGGAUGUUGCCAUUAGCAACAACAAGAAAUGGAUCCUGUCUGCUUCCAAGGAUAGGACCAUGAGACUGUGGAAUAUUGAAGAAAUUGAUCAAAUUCCUUUGGUAAUCAAGUACAAAAAGGCCGUGGGCUUGAAGUUGAAGCAGUGCGAAAGAUGUGACAGGCCUUUCUCCAUCUUCAAGAGUGACACCUCUUCUGAAAUGUUCACCCAAUGCGUGUUCUGCCGGAUAGAUACAAGGGGCUUGCCAGCAGAUACUUCAUCGUCAUCAUCAUCGGAAAGGGAGAACUCGCCGCCGCCAAGGGGAAGCAAGGAUGACUGACAGCCACAGGCCCCUUUGAGUGACUCCAGCACAGGCUACCUAGCAUGUAGGUGUCGGGGCUCUGCAGGGGCUUUCUCUUGGGCCUCUCCCAGGUUCAGUAGGCCUGUCAGACUGGGGCAGGACCCAAGCCCUGGCUGGACUCAGCACAGUGCCACCUUCUCAGCUCUCAGCUUGGGGAGUGAACACUUUACUUUCCGUUUUCAUGCAGAAUAAAUCUAAUUCCUUUGGAAAACAAGUGUGCAUGUGCAUUUGAAAAGCAGUCUUGCUAUUUCUAAGCUUUAUGUCUUGGUGCUCAUCCUGUUUGAUUCUUGGAACACAUAUUAGACUCACAUUGUGGAGUCUGGAGUUGCCCUGUAAGGUGACCUGCGGGGGCUGGCACCAGCAGUUCUGGAGAGUUUGUCAAAUGACUAUGACAAGGUGCGGGGCCCCCUCUGUGGACGUGAUGGCAAGACACAAUGGGUGCCUCCCUGGCUAAUGCUCCCAGAUGGCCACUUGCCGGGAGCAGAGGACGGUUUGGUUAGGCAAAGGGAUGGCGGUGGCAUUGCCAUCACGGGAUGUCUCAUGCUUUCUCCUCUAGACGUCUUAAUUUCCAGAACUCCUUGCCUACGUGCAGCCCUCUUCCUGCUGCCACGGCAUUUUUCACAGCGUGCAUCAAUCCAGAAACAGGCUGAGAUAGGAGCUUAGGUUCCUAUUGCACGCCAUGCUGGGUGAACCUUUCUGUGCAUGCUGCAGGGAUGCUGGGUGGAUGGGCUGGCAGUGUUCGGCUUCGUAGUUGCCCACAGGCCCUCUGGAAAGUGCGGAGACCAGUGGCUGGUGUAGUUGCGUGAGCACAUCCAGAAGGGGUCAGUGAGAAACCAGGGAGGGGAGGGCCUUGCCUGCUCUGGCAGCAGAAAACCCUCCAUGUAAGGUGUUGUUGCCCCACGCCAGCAGCCUGGGAACCCCUAAGUCCAUGAUCCCUCCUCUGAGCCUUCCGGACCCCUCGACUUUCCCCCAGCCCAGGAUCCACGGAAGGAGCGACUCAACUGAAGUUAUAGUCCCGGGAGCUGGCAGGGCCCCGACCUUCUCAGGCUGAGGUCGCGGGGCAGAAUGGUCCGAAGCUCACCGGGGUCACAGUCGGACCGAGGCGGGCGUGCGCCUCGACCGGACGCCAGGGGAGCCAGCAGCCCGCCCGCGCUGGCGGGGCCGGGGGUUCUCCGGGGUGGGUAGGGCGUCGACCGCAGUGCCCUGAGGCCCAAGCCCUGCGCGAGCGUUCCCCAAAGGCGGAGCGUCCUGGCUCCACGUUGGAAGAGACAUU